AUGAUCCUCGGCCCCAUCACCUUCGUCGACUGUGCCGUCUUUCUCGCCUUCCUCGCACCACAGCUCUUGUGGCACGCCGGCUUUUUCACGACCCUCAUUACUGGUCUUCGGGCUCUGCCCUUUCUCCUAUUGGAGCUCCCUUUUGAAUUUGUCCAUGAGCGCUACCUUACUCACCCAAGCCGCCAACUCCCAUUCACACAAAAUGCUACCUUGUUUGAAGAUCUUGUUAUACGCUGCGUGAGAUACGCCUUUGCCAAUAUUCCCUCCAAAGUUGGGAGAGUCUUCUUUUCCAAAUAUGUCGCCCUCCCCUUUAUCCGGUGGCGCAUGCUUCGCCAUGGCUACUUGCGAUCCCCAGUCUACUAUCGUGAGUAUACAAUAGGAACGGUACAGUCCCCCCUGGAAACCAUCCAGAAAGGCACCAUUAACAGCAACCAGGGGAGCAUCCAGACCCGGGGCACCUGGAUUAUGCAUCGGCCCGAGCAUCCGCCAGACUUUGUUCUCUAUUACAUUCACGGCGGCGGGUUUGUCAUGGGCUCGAGUUACUUUUAUCUCGAGUUCCUCAUGGUUUGGCAUCACCUACUUGUGGAAGCUGGGUUCAAGAACCCAGCAAUAUUCGCACUUGAAUACACAUUGGUGCCUGAUGAGGUCUACCCCAGGCAAGUUUUGGAGGCGUUAGAAGGCUACAGGCACGUUCUCCAAGUUGUCAAGGAUGCAUCCAAGGUCUGCGUCUCGGGCGAUUCAGCCGGCGGCGCAUUGAUCCUUAGCUUACUGCUCGAGUUGGGCGCCCAGGCGGAUAAUCAAGAGAGCAAGGGGGUCAAUGCCAGUGUCCGUGGUGGUCUCACCGAUCCCCAACCACCUCAUCUUGCUCUACCACGGAUGGCCACGCUCAUUUCGCCGUGGGUGACUCUCAUGUCGAAUUUGCAUUAUACUUCCAAGAGUGACUUUUUGGAUAAACGCACCUUGUGGAGAUACGCACAUGAGUAUGCAGGUGAGAGCAUGGUUCAACAACAGCCAGCAUCUCCAGGCAACUGUGUCGACGAUGUUCUGUGGAGGGCAGCCAGUCCAGAGCGAGGCUACUUUGUCAUCUUUGGAGAGGAGGAAGUGUUUGCGCCUGAUAUUGAAGACUUCCUCAAGCGCCAAGCCAAAAUCGGCGUUGAGGUUGAAGGUCAGAAGUUUGAUGGGGGAAUCCACGCAUGGCCCGUGGCGUCAAUCUUUUUAUCGAGCACAGAAGAGAAGAGGUUACAAGGGCUGAGAACUGCUGUCAAGGAAAUUAGAAGACGAAUGCCUGAAUGGGGCACGUUGAACGGAGACAAGGUGUAG